CUCAUUGAAAAUGGUCUGCAGGCCGCGCAUGCGCUUGAGCCCGAAAACGAACCGAAAUCGAUACAGAAGCCAAGCGCUAGUCGCGUGUUCGCGUUUUGCUUCGAAUUAAUUUCGGUUUUUCCUUCUUUGAUUUUUUUUACUGUUUGCUGUGUGUGCAUUGAAAGUUUGACGCCUCUGAAAGUUGUGAAAAAGCGUCUCGAUUCGAUUUUAAAUUUUCGUUUUCGAGUGAUCGGCGAACGUGUCCGGCCGAAAAUUAAAAAUUCUUCAACCUGCUCCCUGAGGAUGAUCCGUGAGUGCCUGACGCUGGUCGCCCUCCUUCAGCUGAUGGGCGUGGCGCAGCCCCUGCCCACCAUCCAUGGCGGAAACGAUCGGCAGCAGCUGGACAAGAGCUUCUUCCAGCCGCCGGAGAUCGAGCAGACGAUCGACGAAGUGCAGAAGAUCCUGGCCAACGAUCCGGCCUUGCCGAGACUAACGCGGGGCGAGAUCGAAGAGCUGUACGAGAAGGUGACCCGCGAGGAGUACGAGAAGAGUCUGGAGGCGGGGGACAUGAGCCGGGCGGACAGCAUGCGAGCCCUCAUGCUCGUCCUGCCCUUCAACACGGACAACAACACGGAGGAGAACCUCCAGGAACUGUACACGCGGCCUCCUGUGACCCGCGUCAUCGAUGCCUACACACCGCCGGAUCCCGUGAAGUUCCUCACCGCGGAUCCCAGUGCCUUGCCAAGAAGUACGGUGCCUGGGGGCAAUCCUGCGGUGGCGGCUACCACCUACAAGCCAGCCUACAGUCUGCUCCAUGCCCAGACAAGUCCUCUCCAGCAGCAGCAGCAGCAGCAGCAGCAGCAGCAGUUCAGGCCGCUGCCGAUGGCCACCACCUACCACCCGCCUGCUCCGCCGCCGGUUGUUUACCAGGACUUUAGGCCAGUCACGACGGCAGCUCCUCCGCCCCCAGCUAUCGCAUCUCCAGCCACGCGAUUCAGCUCCCACUACAGUGCCAAGAAUGCGCAGUUCCUGAGGAAGCCCAGGCCCGCCAGGGAAGGUGCCUCCACCAGCACGGUGAAGCCCGUGGCGGAUAUCCUCGAAAGCCUUGGCAUCGUGUCGGGCGGCAAAAGCGACUCCGCCCAUAAGCGGUAUGCGCUGGACGACUUUUACCCGGCGGAAAGUGCCCCCCAGCCGUCCGUGGUGGCGGUGGCCGAUCUACGGGGUCUGCAAGGGGCUCGGAUCCGGCCGGAGGCCUACUCAAACUUCAAGCCCUUGAAUAUUGGAGAGGAGCUGCGCGUGAAGCCCGAAAUCGAGGGUUACCUAACGCGCUUUGGUAUUGUGAAGAAGGCUCCGAAGUCACUCAAGAAGGAGGGACUGGCGAAGCCCACCGAGGAGCCCACUGGUGCCCAUACGGAAUUGUCCACGGCGACGGCCCGGCUGCCGCCCAAGGGAAACGUGGAGUUGGCCAAGCUGCUGGAAAACCUGCAGGAACUGGAGCGACUACAGUCGCAGCUCAACAGAAAGGCUCCAACGAGCACCACAACGAGCACCACCACAUCCACCACAUCGACCACAACAAGCACCACCACGUCGACCACACCUGCUCCAAAGCCACUUAUCACCCACGGGGAACCAAUACUCAUUGAGGCGAAAAAGCCCCGCAGGAGAAUCGAUCCGAACAUAGACCUUAACUUUGCUAACGCGGGAAACCAGCAGACCACGCCUACGAGCUCCGAUGAGCUGUCCAAGCUGUUGCAAAAUCUCCAGGAGCUGGAGAAGCUCAAGAUCAACCCGGAGAAUGUCAUUAAGGCAGCCGGACCGAGUGCACAAUCCUUGAGUAGUCGGUUCUCCACCUCCAGCAGCACAAGCGCAACCACCAGCACCACUAGCACCACCACCAGCACCACCACCACUCCCUCACCUUCCCAGAACGAAGCCCGUGAGCUGCAAAGAAUCCUCAAGCAGCUGCAGCAGUUGGAGCAUUCCAGCCGGACCACAACGAGCACAACCAGCACCACCGUAAAGCCCUCGAAGAACCACGGCUUGGGCUUGGGACUGGGCCUGGGCUUGGGAUUGGGACAAGGCAACUCUCUAGGUGCCGUCGACCUCCUCCAACUGCAGCGCCUCCUGAGCGACGACCGCGAGUUGGAGAAGCUGUACGAGCAGGCCAGGAACAGCAAGAAGAAGCAGCAGACAAAGACGACUACUAGCACCACAACUUCCCACACUCCAACCACGAGUACGGCCACGACGCCCAAGCCCACUCCCUCAGUGGAUCACGCUCAGUUCGAGGCUUUGAUUACCCGCGUUCAGCAGUUGGAGCAGCUGCAGCAGCCCACUACGCCACCCAACUUCCUCACCAGGAACGUAGCUGGCUCCAGGCCGGGAUUCACCUUGCCCAGCAACGACUUUGCCCACCUCCAAGAACUCUCACCGACCUCGGCCUCCUUCGGUCCAGGUGGCGGAGCAGUGGAGAUUUCCACGGCUGCAUCCACCUCCAAGCAAAGACCCCUGAACAACUUCGAGCGGAGCAAUGGACUGCACCAGGACGAGGUGCACCCCCAGGACUAUGUGCAAUUGCAGAAGUUGUUGAGCAAAGUGCAGGAGCUGGAGCGAGUGCAACUGCGGACAGAUCACUUGGCCCAGCCCCAGUUCCAACUGGUUACGGCAGCCUCAGUGCGCAGUUCCAAUGUGAAGACGCUCAAUGGAGCGCACAUUGUCUACGCCCAGCCGGCAAAGGAGCAGGGGGUGGAGCCGGAACCAGAGCCGGACCACGAACUUAAGCUGAAUCUGCCUGUGUACCAGAAGCCUCCGACCUUGGCCGCGCCCUCUCAAUCUUCCAGCGAGGAGCUGCGGGAACUGGCCAUGAGUCGGCCCGCGCAUCCGCAACGAGGAGCCUCCGCCUCGCCAGACCUUGUCCAGUUCCAGCAGUUCUUUGGCAGCCUGGAGGACACUGGCGAGCGCCAGAGCUACCAGCACAUGCAGCCCAUCUACAAGACGGUGCAGACUCAGCCGCCCGCCACGCCCGCUAGUCCUCGAUUCGUGCCCGCCAGGAGGGCGCCCACAACGCCCACCUCCAGGCCCAAAAAGGCGGAUCUCGAGGAGCUGCAGAAGCUGCUGUACAACACCCAACAGCUGCAGAAACUGGGCGUGGCUCUGCCCCACGAGCUGUCGCAGCAGCUCGAGAGCCAGCUACAGGCCACCACGUCCACCACAUCUUCCACCACCACCACGACCAGCACCACUGCGGCGCCCGCUCAAGUGCAUGACACCUCCUCCCCGGCGGUCUUCUCGCUGACCACCAGCCGUCCCAAGGUGCGACCUGUCACGGAACACAUGCCCACUACGGAGAGCGGCCUCCAGCUACCCGUUUUCAGUGCCACAAAGAUCAUUGAGGCGGCCAUCAAGCGGGCGGCCAACAGGAUUGGUGUGAGCACUGAACUGGCCCCCAAACAGGGACUGCCCAUUGCAGUGGUCAAGGGACUGGGCGUGGGCAGUGGAUUCCGCCGACGCAGCGAUGAGGGCGAACCCGAUGAUCUGGAGGAUGGCGAGGAGAGGGAGGGCGAACUCGAUGGCGACCUUAUGGCGGAGUUCAGUGAACUGAACUACCAGCUGGCCAAGCCGGAAUCCGCGACACCCGAGGACACGGGAAAUGACUCCAAGAGCAAUCUCAGCGAGCUGCAGCGCCUGAUCAGCAAUCUCCAGGAGCUCCAACAGCUUAACAUGAGUCUUAACCAGGUAACCACUGCUCCGUCCACGCCGAGAACCAAUGUGGAUGCCGCGUAUCUACAGUCUCUCCAAAAUGGCCAAGAUGAGACCCUGAAAUCGAGGCGACAGAGUGAGGGAAAUGGUACCACACAGACUGGAGAAGUGAAGGAUGAGAAGGACGCGCCCACGACCACCCAAUCCCCAACCAAGAUCAGCCUGAGUCUGGGCUUGGACGACGAUGACAAGGACAUCGGAGGAGCAGCCGAGGAGGAGUUGGCGAGCAGCACUAGUACCACCACCACAACAGAGGAAUCUCGGAACGGAUCUCUCGACGACUUGGCAGACUCCUUUGGACCCGACCCCGUCAGUGAGGAACCACUGCCUCCGAAGAAGAAGAAUGGAUUCUACUUCCUGGCCGACUGGAACUCUUUCCUCGAAGUGGGCGACGGCGAUGAUCAGGUGGUGGUGCGACUGAGCCCCAAGAUCGGCGAUCCGCGCCUAUUCCUGCCCGUGAAGAUUCCCUCGUAAAAGAUGCAUUUGGGCCGGAUUAGCUGUACAUAUGAAAGUCCCCCCUCCCCACACACUUCCUCUUUCCUCUUUCAGCCGUUUGUUGUCGUAAUGUGCGUGUAUUUAUUGUAGUCACUGUCCUUUAAAUCUGCUUCCACCUCGGAUUCAGAAUUCAGAAUUCACAAUCCGGGGACUUGUAGUCGUAAGUCGGGCAUAGGCUUUAAGAGUCAAUUACCGAGAUCAAGGUUAAGCUCAAAGUCGUAAAUAAUGCUAUGUAUAUGUGUUACUAAGGUUCUUGAAAUAAAGAUAUACCGAUAUAGUUAAGGGA